AUGACCUACGAAAACAAGAAUACAUUAGAUUGGAAUGAUGCGAAAUCAGCUAAACACAAAGCCAAAAUCUUUCACAAAUUUGCACCUAAAAAUGACGACGAUGAUGUGGUCCCACCUUCUGUACUUAAAGAUCCAGAUAUUUUAAAACAAAUAUAUCGCAAAGAUCCUGUAUUAAAUGUGAUAAGGAGAAAUAAGUAUGCCAGAAGAUUGAAUGACGCAACAUCAGAUAGCGCAUCUAGUUCCAGCUUAGAACUGAAAAAUUGGAAGGACGAGUGGAAGGAACAUUGGUUAUUAAAAAAACUUGAGGCUAUCAAUUCUUCAAUACCUAAGGGAGAUAAAGUGAACAUGGUUGCAGCAAGACCCUGGGGUGUACCAUGCGGUGAUCCAAAUCAACACGAUUCACCGUGGGGUAGCUGCAUGUUGCCAAUGGAAUGUGAACCAGAAUACAGGAUAUAUCGAGGCGACUUCUAUUGUGGUCGAACGAAAUUUGUCUGCUGUGGUUUGCUGAUCACUGCGUAUGAUUUGUAUGCAGGCUUCGAUGUAUCAUUUGAAGACUCAAUCUUACGUACGGAUUCUGAUGAAAAAAAGAACAGAGAUAGAGGCUCUAAGGAGAGGAAGCGAAGAAAGAGAAAGCGAGACCAGAAGCGGCGGAGGCGAGAGAGACUGAAACGCAAACGUAAAAUAAAACGGGACAUAAAGAAAAUAAUACGUGAAAUAACGAAGAUAUUGAACAGAUCUUUCAGAAAUGGAACGACGGCAAGGAAGAAGAAGACCAAGCAAUUGAAGAAGUUUAUAAAGGAAAUGAAGAAGAAAUAUAAGAAGGAUCGGAAAGCCGUGAAGGAUAUCCAUGAGAUGGAGAUGGUACAAAUUGAUGCUGCAUUGCAGAAACGCUUAAACGAAAUAAAGGGUAUGAACCAGGAAUAUAUCAAGAAUUCGACCUUUAGAGAUAUUGUUGUGAAUGGUACAAUAAACAAGAAUACAAUGAGAAUGUUAAUGAAAGCGUAUCCGGAGUUGAAAGAGAUGCUGGGCACUCGACGCAGCGGUGGGCUGCCGGAUUACCUAGAAUAUGAUAUUGAGUAUGGUUUGGUUUAUGAAUAA